AUGUCGAAAGUCUUUCCUCGAUGGCAGUUCUUAUCCAACCAUCAAUCUGAUCCUGAUGGAAGGAUUAUUUUCUUAUGGGGACACCCAGCUUCUGUUAAAGUCUUGGCGCAAUCCCGCCAGUCUCUCACCACUGAGGUUACUCUACCUAAUCAUCCCCCAAUUACCAUUACUUCUAUCUAUGCGUCCAACCUAGCUGAGGAAAGGAUUGAUCUUUGGGCUGAGUUGAUAAAUACCCAGCAGCAACUAUCUUUGCAUCUGAAACCUUGGCUUGUAGCGGGAGAUUUUAAUCAAAUCACCCACCCAUCUAAACAUUCAUCUCCUACUGUCCAAGCGCUCUCAUCAAGCAUGAUACACUUCAGAGACACUCUCUUGCAGCUGGGUCUUUUUGAUCUUCGUUACCAGGGUAUCUUCAAUACAUGGUCUAAUAAACAGCCAGCCUCCCUCAUCACCAAAAAACUAGACUGUGCCUUGGUUAACUAUGAGUGGAUCUCUGCCUUUCCAAGCAGCUCUGCAAUAUUUCUUCCCUCAAAAUCAGACCAUACCUCAUGUCUUCUCAACCUCCAAACUCCCCUCCCAAUUGCGGGUACCAAACCUUUCAAAUUCUUCAAUUACCUAACCCAACACCCUCUGUUCCUAACCACUGUGAAUGACGCCUGGAUUCUUGCCGGAAUCUUUUCAUCAACUCUUGCAGAUCUCAGCUGGAAACUCAAAUCACUAAAGAGUGUAAGAGCUCUGCAUGACCCAACUGCGGUCAACUUUGAAGAGGAGAAAACAUUGCACGAUAAAUGGAUGUUUCUGCGAGGAAUCGAAGAAGCAUACUUCAGACAGCGAUCUCGAAUUAACUGGCUAAAGGAAGGUGACUCCAAUACCUCCUACUUCCACCGUGUGGCCGUAGUUCGCGCUGCCAUUAACACCAUCAUAUCAUUCCUUCUCUCGAAUGGCUCUCUUAUAACUGAUCUGGAAGAAAUGGCAAUUCAUGCAGUUAACAAUUUCAAAUCAAUUCUGGCCCCUGAUGUUCUGCCUUUCUGUCUGGUUUCUGUCUCCUGGUUUCAGUCGCUCAUCCCAUAUCGAUGCUCACCUGAAGCCUGCUUGUCCUUGUCAUCUAUCCCAGAUGCUCCUACAAUUACAAAAACGAUCCUGAAACUCAAUCCAAACAAGUCGUCGGGUCCAGAUGGGUUGACCUCAGGCUUCUUUAAGGGUGCUUGGAGUAUUUUAGGUGAAGAGGUUGUCUGCUCAAUCCAACGCCUCUUUCUCACAGGUUACAUGUCAUCUGCAGUGAACUCAACAAUCCUCACUAUGGUACCUAAACAUCCAGGAGCUUCGGCGGUUGGAGACUACAUGCCAAUCUCAUGCUGUUCAACUCUAUACAAAGCUGUCUCUAAAAUAUUAGUUUCCAAGCUAAAGCCGCUGCUGCCUGAUCUUAUUCUCCCUAAUCAGACGGCAUUUGUGAAAGGACGGCUUCUGGUGGAGAACACAGUCCUUGCAACAGAGCUGGUAAAUGGAUAUCACAAAUCAGUGGGGCCGAAGAAAGUAGUUAUCAAGGUUGAUAUCGCGAAAGCCUUUGACACUAUCAGCUGGACCUUUGUGUUAAACUGCUUAUCAGGAAUAGAAGUGCCCCCAUCAUAUAUCAGACUGGUUGAAGCGUGCAUCACUACAACCUCAUUUACCGUGGGCUACAAUGGACUAGUUCAUGGCUAUUUCAAAGGGAAGAGAGGCCUUCGUCAAGGAGACCCUCUCAGUCCGUACCUUUUGUAA